GGCGGGGGCAGGGAGCGGUAUUCCCGAGCAUGCUCCAAGGGGCGGAGCGUACGGGGCUCGGCGCAUGCGCGGAGGGAGGCGAGUGGGAGGCGCAGGCCCGCGGUGGCGGCGCUCGGCGAGGGUAACAAUGGCAGCGGCAGUGACUGCAGGUGGCGGCCCCGGCCCCGGGGCGGCGGCGGGGCUGGCGGCACUGUCCGUAUCGCGGCGGAAGGACGGCGGCCCCACGGGCAAGUUCUGGGAGAGCCCGGAGACGGUGUCCCAGCUGGACGCGGUGCGGGUCUGGCUGGGGAAGCACUACAAGAAGUACGUUCAGGCAGAUGCUCCGACCAAUAAAACAUUGGCUGGUCUGGUGGUGCAGCUGCUGCAGUUCCAGGAAGAUGCCUUUGGGAAACAUGUCACCAAUCCUGCCUUCACCAAACUUCCUGCCAAGUGCUUCAUGGAUUUCAAAGCUGGAGGUACAUUAUGUCAUAUUCUUGGUGCUGCUUACAAGUAUAAGAAUGAACAGGGCUGGAGAAGUACCUUUCCUGGUCAUAAUAGGCGGAGGUUUGAUCUGCAGAAUCCAUCGCGAAUGGAUCGAAAUGUGGAGAUGUUCAUGAACAUUGAAAAAACACUAGUGCAGAAUAAUUGUCUGAGCAGACCAACAAUCUACCUCAUUCCAGAUAUCGAAUUGAAGUUGGCUAAUAAACUAAAAGACAUUGUCAAACGUCACCAGGGAACCGUCACUGAUGAGAAGGCAAAGGCCACCCACCAUAUUUAUCCUAAUCCUACCUCACUGGAUGAUGAUGAAUGGUUGAGACCUGUGAUGAAGAAAGAUAAGCAGGUGUUGGUGCACUGGGGCUUUUACCCAGACAGCUAUGAUACUUGGAUUCAUGCUACUGACAUUGAAGCUGAAAUUGAAGAUGCUCCAAUUCCAGAAAAACCAUGGAAGGUUCAUGCCAAAUGGAUUCUGGACACAGAUAUAUUCAAUGAAUGGAUGAAUGAAGAGGAUUAUGAGGUGGAUGAGAACAAGAAGCCAGUGAGUUUUCGCCAGAGAAUCUCUAUGAAGAAUGAAGAGCCUGUCCGUAGCCCUGAGAGAAGAGACAGGAAAGCAGCAGCGAGUACCAGGAAAAGAAAGCAUUCACCUUCUCCUCCCCCCACUCCCGUGGAAUCGAGGAAAAAGACUGGAAAGAAAGGGUGAGUGUCAGGAUCAGACAACCAAAGAUGAACUUUGC